ACAAUAUGACUACCGGAAGUCUUCCACUGCGUCAGUCCGUCACGUGACUCGCCGCAGGUUUUUAGCAGUUGUCGGACUCUGUUCUUUUUGGCCGCUUAGCCCCACGCAGAGUUCACAAUUGACGACUUGUCAAGAGCGGCUGAGAAAAUGUGGAAUGGACCAAGGCAAGGACCCAGGGGAAGAUCUCCGUUUAGAGGUAAUCACCACGGGGAAAUGUUUGGCGCAAGAGAUCAUCCAAUGCCUGGUUUUUGGGGUAGAGAUGGGAUGAACAUGGGACCCAUGGGCCAGAGGGGUCCGCUGGAUCUACCCCCGAUGGAUGUAAGAAGAAUGGAAGGUCCACCAAUGUGGGGACGUGACGUGGAUCCACGUGACAUGCGUGGUAGGGAUCAGGACAGAGAUAAUUUUAGAUCUGGUCCCCCGGGUUCAGGUUUAGAUUACAGAGGACGCUUUGAUGGUCACCCCAGAGGCAAUCUGAUGAAUUCACCAGGUUUCUCAGGACUUAAUAUGGGAGGAAGAGAUGUGCCAGCACGGGAGCAAAACACCAGAUUUAUGGACAUGAGGGACAGGGACACAUUUCGGGAUAAUAUGCCUCGCUUCAAUAAUCCCAACAAGGAUGGGAGGAGAGGGUUUCCCAUGGACAAAGUGGAACUCAAUAACAACUUUGGGGACGUGCGGCCUCCAACGCGCAUUGAUGACAACAGUCGUUUCAACAUGGACAUGCCUCAACAAGAAAGGAGGAUCAUAGACACGGACAGACGAGGAGAACCACCUUUUAAUCCAAGCGGUGGAUUUCAGUCGGAUAUGGAUUUCAGAAGUCACCCCGAACCUCCGGUUGAUGUUCGAGCCAGGGAGCGUUCUCCUUUAAGAUUUGAGAAUGAUGCCCCUCCGAUGGACAGGAUGAGAGCUGCCGUGCCUGCAGAUAACAUUGGAUCACAAAGAUCUGAUUUCAAGGGUCCAGAAGAACAGUCUAGAAGGCGCGAGGGUGCAGAAUCCAGUGGUAGUCCCCUUAUGGACUAUAGGCGUGGUGAAGAGAUGACACUGGCAGAGGAAUGGAAGAGCCGACAGAAGGAUAAACCAGUUGUCACAGACAAAGGAAGAGAAGCUGCUUCGGAGUCCUCCUAUACAGCAGGUUUUAGCAGAGAUGUGACAUGUCGAGAUCCACCAGCAUUUGUUGCGAGGGAUAGACCGCCUGUUGACUUCCCGGGAAAAAAUGUGCGCUUCCCUCGCGGCGAUCACUUCGCCGAAAUGGAUCCCAAUCCACUUUGUAGAAACUCCCCUCAAAGAACGCCUCUUCUUGCCACUCCGGGACGAGAAAAUGUGAGUAAAUGCUGGCUUGCAGAAAGAGAAUCGGAGCAGAGCCGGAACAAAUCAAAGCAUGGGGAAAAGUACCACAAAGACCUGUCAACUCAUGAGACCGUGGAGCACAGUGAUAGUUUUAAAGGACUUAAAGAUAUUCCCCACAGUCAAGGACAGACUAGGGGUAAGUUGGCAGAGGUGGGAGAUUUUCAAAGCAGGGAUCAAGACUACAGAGACAUUGAUUACAGGACAGCCUCUGGAAGGAUGUUUGAGUAUAAACCAGGAGCUCUUCAGGGAACACCACUGAUAGAGGAGUCCAAGCCAGCCGUGCCUCCACAAUUCAGUGCAUCUGGUUCUAAGGAUCAAGAUUACAGGAGCGCAUCUGUAGAGGGAAAGGUGUCCACAACAUUAUCCAUAAUUGGCAUUCCAAAGACUGCUACAAUGGAGCAGAUUCUUGAUGCCUUUACAGUGCAAGACGGGAUGCCACAACCGGGGAUGAAGAUUAAGAACGUCGUCCCAGGUUACAGCUACGAUACGGCCUAUGUGGAGUUUUUAAACCUCGAGGAUGCAGUCCACUUCAUGGAGUCCAACAAGGGUUCCCUCAAGAUUGGCACUAGAACAGUUUCCAUUAGCUACUCUCAUCCAGAUGACCUCAAAGGAAGUGUUGAUGAAUCCCACCCCACCCUGCCACCACCCCUGAAGUCUCAGUUGUCCAGACCCGAUCAACCAACAGAAGAAUUUGACUCCGACCGCAGGGGAUCCACGCAGAAAGACUCCGGGGACACGCUGUGUCCCACCCAAUGGCAGCGGAACUCUGACCUGACCCCCGAGGCCUGGCAGCAGCAGGUGGACCAGCAGGAAAACGAGACGCAAUCAGAGUCCUGGGGCAACCAGAACACCCCUCACCACAAUUCCCAUCAGUCCAAAUCUGUCUUCAAGGACAGUAAAACCAUGAUCAUAAAAAAUAUAAAGCCCACCACCACAAUUGAGGCCAUUCUCAAAGCCUUGGAUCCGUUUGCUUAUCUGGAUGAGAGAAAUGUUCGUCUAAUCAAGGCCAAGACACCUGGAGCAAAGUGCUUCUGCUUUGUUGACAUGGACUCGCAUGAGCAAGUGACCCGCUUGGUUGACUUACUCCUGACCAAGCCCUACCCCCUUUAUAUUGACGGAGUGCGAGUGUAUGCGGAAGUUGCAAAACCCCUAAAAAACCCGACUUUCAGAAGAGAGUUUGAGAAACCAAAUAGCUCAACUCCGGGCUAUCAGCCCACAGCCGGCAUGAUGGAGCAGCAGCAGCAGUUUUACCCUGAAUCGCAACCCUUAAUGCAGCCACCUCCUGGAACGCAAGCCGGUUUGCCGACUGACAGCAGUAAUCCGCCCGUGUCAGGAGAUGCCAGCACCAGCCAGGAAAUCGGCUACGAUGCCAGUCAAGCUGCGGAGCCGUCCUACCAGGCGACUGAGGCUGAAGUGCCUGCGGCCACCGCCGAUCAAUCGUCUGAUGCCGACACGCAAGAUACGUCCAGCUAUUUGUACGACGCCACAUCAGGCUUCUACUACGACCCCGAGACCACCUUGUACUACGACCCUGGCUCCAGAUACUUUUACAACGCUCAGAACCAAGAGUACCUGUACUGGGACGCGGCAACGAAGGCAUACGUCCCGGUGCCCAGAGGCAACCAGGGGCACCAGUCUGUCGUCAUGACUCCCGGGGACCAAGCCAUUCUCUCCAACCCGGCGGCCGACGCGCCUCUGGACAUGAAAAGACCCUCAGAGCCUCCACUACCCAGCACGCAAGCGCCCGCCUCUGCCGACAACCACGAAACGCCGUCCCCCGAGAAGAAGGACGACGACGACUCGCCGAGAAAGGACGAGAAGCCAAAAAGUCUUGCCGCUGUCAAGAUCAUGAAGGAUAUGGAGCGCUGGGCCAAGAUCCAGAACCGGCAAAAGGACUGUGUGCGUUGCCCGUCGCCGGUGCUGAAGAGCGGGACCGACGACGAGAAGCAAUCAAAGACGGCGGACGCCGGGUUUGCCGUGUUUGAGAGGAAGAAUUCGGGCACUGAGGAUCUCUUCAAGAAGCCUCUUGCGCCAGCGAAAAAAGACGAAAAGCCAAAGCGGCCGAUGGGCUCCUUGGGCAUGCUGGCGUCAGACUACGCCGCCGGAAGCGACGAGGAAGUGGAGGAGGAAAAAGAGGAAGUGGUACACAGCGCCCAGGUUAGCAAAGCGCCGUCUGAAGUGCGAGAGGACAAGCUAACGGACUGGAAGAAGAUGGCCUGCUUGCUGUGCAGGAGGCAGUUCCCCAACAAGGACGCGCUCAUCCGCCACCAGCAGCUGUCAGACCUGCACAAACAAAACAUGGAGAUCCACUUGAAGAUCAAGAGGUCCAAGAAAGAACUGGAGGCGCUGGAGCACCAGGAGAAAGAACUGAGCGUCAAGGAAGUCCGAAGGUCGCCAGAACCGAAGAGGAGAAAACCCCAUCAGCAGCAUAACAGCUGGGCUGGAGGAUCCAGGGAGAUCCAUAAAGUCGGUGACAGACCCGGUUUAGGCUCAGAACCUCCACCUAGACGCCAGAAGAAAGAUCACGUCGCUUGGGACCACGCCACCUACAAGCAGGCAGUGCGCAAGGCCAUGUUUGCGCGCUUUAAGGAGCUGGAGUGACCCCUCCUCGAACUUCCGUCCCUCGCCCAAAUCUGUCACAUAUUGUGAACACGUGGCCCUAAAAAAAAAAAAAAGGGGGGGGGGGGAUGAAGACAGCGAUGGAUGUUGUACCAGCAUUUUUCCCGCAGGCCAUGUCCGUCGAACUUGACGCGCACCGCCGGCGUGUCCGGCUUGUAAUUAUGAACCCCCCCACACCCCCCCCACCCCACAGACUCACGGUUAAAGUUUGUUUUAAAGCUUCAACUUUAUUUCCUUUCCUCGUUUUAUGUGUGGAUGCAGUAUUAUAUGCACAUUUUUUUCUACAUAAAAACUCUGACCUCAA